AUGGAGUGUCUGCUAGACUGGAAUAUCGAUGGUAAAGUAUCCACUCUUACUGUAGAUAAUUGUUCCACUAAUGAUCUUAUGAUCCAACUUCUCCUAGAAAAAUUAUCAAGUAACUUACUGUCGGGUGGAGAUAUUUUUCAUAUGCGUUUUUGUGCACACAUAUUAGCUCUUAUAGUCAAGAAAGGAUUAGAGGGGAUCAAAGGAGCAAUCGAAUUGAUUCGUAAUAGUGUUGCUUACUGGAAAGAAACACCAAAACGAGUUGAGAAAUUUGAAGAGGCCGCCCGUCAACUAAAUAUUUCAAGUAUAAAUAAGUUAGUUCUUGAUUGUGAGACAAGAUGGAACUCAACAUACCUGAUGCUUAAUACUGCUAUUAAGUAUCAGGAGGUUUUUUCUCGACUAAAGCAACGUGAGCCACAGUAUGAUUGUUUUCCAGAUGAUGAAGAUUGGUUGUUGGCAAAGGAAAUGUGCGACAAACUUAAGAUAUUUUAUACCUUCACAGAGAAGUUUUCCGGAGUAAAAUAUCCUACCACAAACAUUUUCUUUCCAAGUUUUUGUGAUAUUAGAUUGUCAUUAAACGAGUGGAAAAAAUCUAAAGUUGGUGUGAUUAAGGAAAUGGCAUAUGAAAUGAUAGAGAAGUUUGAAGAGUAUUGGUUUGUGAUCAAUGGAGUAAUGGCCGUAGAAAUUAUGUUAGAUCCAAGGUUUAAGAUGAAAUUGAUUGAGUUUUAUUUUCCACAAAUUUAUGGUCAAGCUUUUUCAAAAAUCGAAAUUGAUCGAGUACGCGAUUUAUGCGUUGAUUUGGCGACUGAGUAUGAACUGAAAGUAAAAUUUGCUGAAACAUAUGUUAGCCAAAAUGAUUUGUCUUUCACUUCAGAGAUGCAUGGUUUUAACGAUGACGUAGAUCCUUUGGAAAAGUUUGAUAUGUUUGUCUCUAAUACUGCUCCUACUAGUACUGUUAAGUCAGAAUUAACCAAUUACUUAGAAAAAGAUAUUUUACCUAGGAUUGUGUAUGGCUAG